AUGCGCUGCGCCAGACCGUUUUUGUCCCCCCGCCGCUUGUUCAGCACGCGCGUAGCCGACACGGACGUGGUCAUCGCCAGCUACGCGCGUACGCCCAUUGCGUGUUUCAAUGGCUCGUUCGCGCCGCUCACAGCGCCGGAACUAGGAGCAAUUGCCAACGCCGAAGCGGUCAAGCGCGCCGGACUCGAACCGGCGCAGAUCCAAGAGGCGUUUCUCGGCAACGUCGUGAGCGCUGGGAUCGGCCAAGCUCCUGCGCGGCAAGCCGUGCUCAAAGCUGGCUUCCCCACGUCCAUCCCGUGCACCACUGUGAACAAGGUCUGUGCGUCGGGCAUGAAGACGCUCGCGCUGGCGUCGCAGAGUCUCCAGAGCGGUCACCAGCACGUGCUGCUGGCUGGCGGCUUUGAGAGCAUGACGAACGCGCCGCACUAUCUACUAAAAGCACGUGCAGGCUAUCGCCUUGGCAAUAGCACACUCGUGGACGGCGUCGUACACGAUGGACUGUGGGAUCCGUACAACGAUCAGCACAUGGGAAUGUGUGGCGAACAGUGCGCCGCCAACUUUGGCUUGACGAGAGACGACCAGGACGCGUUUGCACGUGCGAGUUACCACCGUGCAUUGGAUGCGAGCGCGAGGGGCUUUUUCAAGACGGAAAUCACGCCCGUGACGAUCGACGGACGACGUAGCCGGCCAGCGACGGUCUAUGACACGGACGAAGAGAUGUUCAAUACGAAGAUCGAGACGAUUGCAAGCAUGCGCACGGCGUUUAAAAAGGACGGGACGAUCACGGCAGCGAAUGCGUCGUCGUUGAACGACGGAGCUGCUGCAAUGGUGCUUAUGACAGGAGCCAAAGCUCGUGAGCUGGGCGUCACGCCUCUUGCACGUAUUCGUGGCUUUGCCGAUGCCGCACAGGACCCAGUGGAGUUCACGAUUGCACCGUCUAAGGCAGUGCCGUUGGCGCUCAACCACGCGGGAUUGCAGAUGAGUGACGUCGACUACCACGAGAUCAAUGAAGCCUUUUCUGUCGUGGCCUUGGCCAACAUGCAGCUCAUGGAUAUCCCACACGAUCGCGUGAAUGUCAACGGCGGUGCUGUUGCUAUUGGACACCCCAUUGGCAUGUCGGGUACACGCAUUGUCGGCACGCUUAUCCACAUUCUCCGUGAAAAAGAUGCCACGAUUGGCUGUGCUUCCAUCUGCAAUGGCGGCGGCGGCGCGGGUGCGAUGGUCAUUGAACGGUUGAGCUAG